GCGCGCUGACAGGUAGAAAAAGAUGGUGAAGGUGCGCAUGAACACGGCCGAUGUGGCCGCCGAGGUGAAGUGCUUGCGGAGGUUGAUCGGUAUGCGAUGUUCAAAUGUAUAUGAUCUCUCUCCUAAGACAUACGUAUUCAAGCUUAUGAAUAGCAGUGGGAUUACGGAGUCUGGGGAGAGCGAGAAGGUAUUGUUAUUGAUGGAAAGUGGUGUCAGGUUGCAUACUACUGUAUAUAUGCGUGACAAAAGCAACACUCCUUCUGGUUUUACUCUCAAACUGAGGAAGCAUAUUCGGACUAGAAGGCUUGAGGAUGUACGGCAACUUGGGUAUGAUCGGAUUAUUCUCUUUCAAUUUGGGAUGGGUGAGAACGCAUAUUAUAUUAUAUUGGAGCUAUAUGCCCAGGGGAACAUCCUCCUCACAGAUUCUAAUUUUACUGUCUUGACUCUACUCAGAUCACACAGGGACGAUGAUAAAGGGGUUGCAAUCAUGUCACGCCAUCGCUAUCCUGCCGAAAUUUGUCGAGUUUUUGAGCGAACUACUGCUGCAAAGUUGCAGACAGCACUGAUGUCUUCUAAGGAUGCCGAUGCUGAUGAGGCAGUUACAGUCAACGGACAUGGGAAUGAUGUUGCUCGCAGCAAAUGAAAGCAGGGAAAACGCAAGGGUGGGAAGUCAUCUAUGACAUUGAAAGUUAUACUCGGGGAGGCAUUGGGCUAUGGACCUGCCCUUUCUGAACAUAUUAUACUAGAUGCUGGCUUAAUCCCCAGUACCAAGGUUCCAAAAGAUAGCAAGUGGGAUGAUGCUAUCAUUCAGGCUCUUCUUGAAGCUGUAGGAAAGUUUGAAGACUGGAUGCAAGAGAUUAUUUCAGGUGAUAGAAUUCCUGAAGGAUACAUUUUGAUGCAAAACAAAAAUUUGGGGAAGGAUUCUUCACCAUCACAACCAGGAAGUUUAGGCCAGUUGUAUGAUGAGUUCUGUCCACUAUUACUGAACCAAUUUAAGUCAAGGGAUCACACAAAAUUUGAGACAUUUGAUGCGGCUUUAGAUGAGUUCUACAGCAAAAUUGAGAGUCAAAGGGCUGAACAACAGCAAAAAUCCAAAGAAAACUCAGCUUUUCAUAAACUUGAUAAAAUACGUCAGGAUCAGGAAAACCGAGUGCAUAAUUUGAGGAAAGAAGUCGAUCAUUCUAUUAAAAUGGCAGAAUUGAUAGAAUAUAACUUGGACGAUGUUGAUGCUGCUAUAAUGGCUGUUCGUGUAGCUCUUGCAAAGGGUAUGAACUGGGAUGAUCUUGCCCGGAUGGUUAAGGAAGAAAAGAAAGCUGGAAACCCCGUGGCUGGUCUCAUUGACAAGCUCCAACUUGAGAGAAACUGCAUGACUUUACUGUUGAGCAACGAUCUUGAUGAAAUGGAUGAUGAUGAGAAGACGUGCCCAGUGGAUAAGGUUGAGGUUGAUUUAGCCCUCUCGGCUCAUGCCAAUGCUCGAAGGUGGUAUGAAAUGAAGAAAAAGCAGGAAAGUAAACAGGAGAAGACCAUGACUGCGCAUGAAAAGGCCUUCAAAGCUGCAGAAAGAAAGACUCGCCAUCAGCUUUCUCAGGAAAAAACGGUUGCCACAAUUUCUCAUAUCCGCAAGGUUCACUGGUUUGAGAAAUUUAAUUGGUUCAUUAGCAGUGAGAACUAUUUAGUUAUCAGUGGGCGUGACGCCCAGCAGAAUGAGAUGAUAGUCAAGCGAUAUAUGUCUAAAGGAGAUCUUUAUGUGCAUGCCGAUCUGCAUGGAGCUUCCAGUACUGUUAUAAAAAAUCACAAGCCUGGGCAACCUGUUCCACCUCUAACCUUGAACCAAGCUGGAUGUUUCACGGUCUGCCACAGCCAGGCAUGGGAUUCAAAAAUUGUUACUAGUGCCUGGUGGGUUUAUCCUCACCAGGUCAGUAAAACUGCGCCUACAGGUGAAUAUCUAACAGUUGGGAGUUUCAUGAUUCGAGGGAAGAAGAAUUUUCUUCCGCCACACCCUCUUAUUAUGGGCUUCGGCCUGCUAUUUCGCUUAGACGAGAGUUCCUUGGGAUCACAUUUAAAUGAAAGGAGGGUUAGAGGAGAGGAAGAAACAAUAGAUGAUGAAGAAACCGGCCUUCCUGAAGAAAAAUCUGAUUCUGAGUCUGACAAUGAUGUCAUGAAUGGAAAAUCUGCCACAGAAUUGAAAAAAAAUGAUGAUAUAUCUGCAGAUUCACCCAAACCACUUCCACAAGAAUUCCCUGCUGAGUUAUCACAGAACACUGGGGCUAGCAUCAAUAGUGAAACUACAGCUUCACAUAAUUCACCUGCAGAAGAAAAGGGUAUAUUGAAUAAGGCUGCUGGUGACAAUUCUCCUGAUAAUGGGGGGAAUGACAUUGCAUCUGUCAAUCCACAACUUGAGGAACUUCUUGAUCGGACUCUAGGACUUGGAUCUGCUGCUACAUUGGGUAAAAGUCAUGGAGUUGAAAUCUCUAAGGAUGAUUUAGGUGGCGAACAACAUCUUGAAGAAAUCAAAGUUGCAGCAAGGGACAAGCCAUAAUCAAAAGCUGAGAGGAGAAAGCAGAAGAAAGAACAGAAACAAAGUUUUUCACAUUCAAAUGUUGAACAUGGAAAGGGCGAAUCAAAAUUGACUGGUAUUUCUGGCACGCAAUCUACAAGAGAAGUUCACAGUUCAAAGACAAGUGGUCAAAAAGUCAGCCGUGGGCAAAGGGGCAAACUCAAGAAGAUUAAAGGGAAAUAUGCUGAUCAAGAUGAGGAAGAAAGGAGCAUACGAAUGGCGUUGUUGGCUUCUGCUGGAAGGUCGAACAAGAAUGAAGAUACGCGAGAUAAAGAUGCAGCAUCAGACAGGGAUAAAAAACCUGGUGGUGGUCUUGCAGAAGCCCCAAAAAUAUGUUACAAAUGUAAGAAGGCAGGACACCUAUCUCGGGAUUGUAAGGAGCGGCCAGAUGAUUCAUUACAUGAUCAAGCAACUGUCGGAACUGGCGAGAAUUUGAGCACGAAUGUUAGUAACACUUCUGCAGCAGACAGGGUGGCAAUGGAAGAGGAUGACAUUAACGAGAUAGGCGAAGAAGAGAAAGAGAAAUUGAAUGACGUGGAUUACUUGACAGGAAAUCCAUUGCCUAAUGAUAUUCUCUUAUAUGCUGUGCCUGUCUGUGGUCCCUACACUGCAGUUCAGUCAUACAAGUACCGGGUGAAGAUAAUUCCUGGAACGGCAAAGAAAGGAAAAGCUGCAAAAAAUGCAAUGAAUCUGUUCAGCCACAUGCCAGAAGCAACAAGCCGAGAAAAGGAAUUGAUGAAAGCCUGUACUGAUCCUGAACUUGUGGCCGCAAUUAUUGGUAAUGUGAAGAUAGCGGCUGCUGGCCUUACUCAACUGAAGCAGAAGCAAAAGAAAGGCAAGAAGAGCAACAAGCAGGAAAGUUAACUAAUCUUGUGACACGUUUAUGCCUGUUAAAGCUUUACCCCUUGUCUUCAAGUGCUGACGCAUUUGUAUGUUCGGCAUGGCACGAGAGGAAAAAGUUUUGCUGCCUUGAGAUCUACUCUAUGAGAAUUUCUAUUUGAUGUCCUUGUACAGUUGUUUGUUGUAUUGUAGAUGCUGUUAGUGCAUAAAUAACUGUCAGCUAUUCAAUGUUUUCUUCAUUCCCACCAAAUAUUCAUUCAUAAUUCAUAAAACAACACUGGUCAAACUGGGCGAGUUUUUGGAUAGAAUCGAAUCUAAGAGAUGCAGAUUCAUGUUGUAGUUCGUUUUAUUUCUAA